AUGUCUGAUGAACGUAUCUCAGCUGCGGUAGUGGCUAUUCUCUUCUUGAAAGACCACUUUAUCACGUUAUUUUUAUGCCUCACCACUUUGAGCUACGUAUAUGGUCGAUUGCAUCCAGGUCUCACACGUGUCCCUGGCCCACCCCUUGCAAAAUGGACGAAGCUCUGGCGUCUUUACGACGUGUACCAGGGUCAAUCUCAUCAUACAUCCAUUAGGCUACACGAAAAAUACGGCCCACUCGUUAGAGUAGCACCGAAUAUCGUGUCAGUUGGUGAUCCACAAGCUAUCAAGACCAUAUAUGGAUUGACUGGCGCAUUCCCCAAGACGGCUUUUUAUCCUAUUCAGAGCAUUUCUUGGCAGAAGAAACCACAGAUGAACCUCUUCUCUACUAGAGACCCAGUCUAUCACCGAGACCAAAAGAAAAAGGUCGCAGGAGCUUUCAGCCUGACCAACCUCCUGGAAUCCGAGGCUGCUAUAGAUUCUUGCACUGAACUGUUCAUGUCCCAACUUGAUCAGUGGGCUGCUGAUGGCAAACCUAUCGACCUCGGCAUGUGGCUCCAGUACUACGCGUUUGACGUAGUUGGUGAGGUCAAUUUUGCACAGAAACUUGGCUUUCUUGCCACAGGUGGGGAUGUCGACGGUAUGAUCAAAACAAUCGAGGGCAUUAUCGCCUACGCGUCCAUCUGUGGACAAGUACCCGAGAUGCACACCCUCUUGUUGGGUAACCCACUCUUCCCAUACUUGAUACCCUCUAUGGAGACCUGGAAUGCCGUCUUGACUUUUACUCUCAAAGCAAUCAAUUCUCGUACACCCAUGAAACGAGACGGCGAGUUGCAGCUUAGUGACGUAGGUGGGAAAGAUCUGCUGUCCAGAUGGGCUGCGGUGAAAAAUAAAGACCCGCUCAAGAUGACUACCCGAGACGCUAUCGUGCAUCUUUCGGCUAAUGUGUUUGCUGGUUCGGAUACUACUGCCAUUGCUCUCCGAGCAGUCAUCUACUUCCUCAUCAAAAACCCUGAAGAGAUGGCAAAGGUGAUCGGGGAAAUUGAUGCUGCUGAUAAGGAUGGCAAACUCAGUGAUCUGAUCUCCUACAAGGAGACUACUUCACACCUGACAUACACCAAAUCAGCGAUCAAAGAAGCCAUGCGUCUGCAUCCUUCAAUCGGCCUUAUGAUGGAGCGGCACGUCCCACCCCAAGGGGUCGAGAUAUGCGGUCAUUUCUUUCCUGGUGGCACGAUUGUCGGCAUAAACCCUUGGGUUCUUCAACAUGAUCCCAAAGUUUACGAGGACCCAAAGGCCUUCAAACCGGAGCGAUGGUUGACUGCAGAUGCCGAGUUACUCUCCAAGAUGGAGGCCAGCUUUUUCACCUUCGGGGCUGGAUCACGCACCUGUGUGGGCAAGCACAUAAGUAUGAUGGAACUUUACAAAGUAAUCCCGCAAUUAUUGAGACGUUAUUUCAUUGAGAUGGCAGAUCCGGAGGCCGAUUGGAAGGUGAAGAACCGUUGGUUUGUGCAGCAACAUGGUCUGAACUGUUCUCUGAAGAGAAGAGAAGCUGUUUGA